CUCAGCUGUUGGGGGGCGGGGUGUCGCUGACGAUGGCGGGCGAGCUUGAGGGCUCCAAAUCUCUGAGCGGGCUGCUGAGCGGCCUAGCCCAGGAAGCUUUCCAUGGGCACCAAGGUAUAACGGAGGAGCUGCUGCGGAGCCAGCUCUAUCCGGAGGUGUCGCUCGAGGAGUUCCGCCCCUUUCUGGCGAAGAUGAGGGGGAUUCUUAAGUCUAUUGCAUCUGCAGACAUGGAUUUCAACCAGCUGGAGGCAUUCUUGACCGCUCAAACCAAAAAGCAAGGCGGGAUCACAUCUGACCAAGCUGCUGUCAUUUCCAAAUUCUGGAAGAGCCAUAAGACAAAAAUUCGAGAGAGCCUCAUGAACCAGAGCCGUUGGGACAGUGGGCUUCGGGGCCUGAGUUGGAGAAUUGAUGGCAAAUCGCAGUCAAGGCAUUCAGCUCAGAUACACACCCCUGUUGCCAUAAUGGAGCUGGAAAUAGGGAAAAGUGGACAGGAAUCUGAAUUUCUGUGUUUGGAAUUUGAUGAAGUCAAGGUCAAUCAACUCCUAAAGAAGCUUUCAGAGGUAGAAGAAAGUAUCAGCACCCUGAUGCAGCCAGCCUAGCUGAAGAUGGAGAUGUUGAAGCAAAGGGCUACUGUCAUGUGAUCCGGGAGAAUUUUUAGAUAAUGUCUUCUGCUAUAAAAUGGAGGAAAAGAGUAUCCUGUCAUAUAAUGGGAUUCCAGAUAUCGUUGGAAAGGAAGAACUGUAGCUACCACAUUAGUAUUGACUCACAUAUGCAAUAAAAUCUGUAAAAGCCUAAAAGAACAGUCCAUGGGCUCACAGGGUGAGGAAAUCAUUGUUGUGGUUUAAAGCCCUGUUGAGGUCAUCCUAUAAAAUUAAUAGCCGCAAAAGUGAAUAUGGGCUUUUUAUUAUACCCCCAAACCCUAGAUCAUUGGAAAAUCUGUUAAUGUAUACUUAGUUUUUCAUAAUAAUAAAAGUAGUGGGAGGAAAAAAAUUGCUUGCUGAAGGUGGUCCCACAUUUAACACUAAACACUUUGGAAUACAAGUGGUUUUAGACAGGGUGUUUUAGUGUGUUUGCUAUAUUUAGUGGGAUUUUUUAAAUAUCUGAUUACCAAAGGAAUAUAUGUUUAUUAUAGUCUGUUGUGAGAAUACAGACCACACUGAGGACAGUUAAAUGACCUAUCGACCUAACCUAACAGAGAUAACAGAAAGAAGGCUGGAACUAGGUGAAGAGUUACUACCUUUCCUCGAAUAAAUUCCUACAAGUAGAACACAAGGUUUUUAAGACUUUGAUAAAUAUUUACCAAAUUGUUCUCCAGAAACAUUAUAUCAGUUUGUAUUACCUCUAAGAAAGUAUGAAAAUAAAUCACUCCCUUUCUUGCCUAA